AAUGUUGAGGUGCCAUCUGCUUACUAGGAAUGGACCUUCUUGCAGGCUGGGUUUGCUGGUCUGGCCUGGUCAUGGUAGGCAUAGCAGUGAACCUUGGCUCUAUGCUGUCCGUGAAGACCCCAAGAAAGGGUUAGACUUGCUGUGGGCGAUGAAACCAGAUGCCGCAAACAGUUCUCAGGAUGUUCCCAUCUCACAGCUGCUCCUGAACCUCCUCCCAGUAGUCACUUGGAUAUAGGUGGAGAACCUCAGCGUACUUUCAGCACAUCCCUGCGCUGCUGGGAAGCCAGACUUUGGAGAACAUUGCCAUCGCCUCCUUGCUCUUUUAUGGAUGUAACACUGUGUGUUCUUUGUCAUGAGGCUGGAGCUGUCCUUCAUCAGCUUUAAAGAAGAAUGUCCCUGCUUGUCUGACAAGGUGCUGUGGCUUGUCCCUCAGAUUCCCCAGCUCGACAAGUCCUUACUCAUCCACUUGUUUGGAGGAUGGAUUUCAUGAGACCCCCUCCAAGCUGCAUGAGGAUAUUUCUUGGCUUGUGAAGGCAGGAGAGUAAGAGCUCCAGGUGACGGGGCUCCCGGAGGUGUGCCUGAGCAGGGCUGGGUGCUCCACUCCUAUAGCAGAGCCCAGAGGCACCUGUACAAGACUGAGGCGUGUCGGAAAACCUGAUGCCUCACCUCUGCCAAUGUGGAGGCGGAGGGAGGAGGGCCAAAAGACAUGUCCCUUCACGCUCGCAACAGCUGAAAACAGAGAAGGAAACUCUCUGGAGCCUUUUUUACCAGCGCAGGAGGCCUCACAGUCGCGCUCUCACCCCAGAGACCCUCCCGUACUCCAGUACUCUGGGGGGGUGGCACUCCCACACCCGUCGGGCGAUGAACAUCACAAGGAGAAGAGGCUUUUACAGACAGGAGGUGAACAACACCCUCUGGGAGCUGCCCAGGAGAUACACGUCCCUCCACCCUCUGGGGUCUGGAGCCUACGGCUCAGUGUGUUCAGCCAUAGACAAGAAGACAGGGGAGAAAGUGGCUAUCAAGAAGCUCUGCCGCCCAUUCCAGUCAGAGAUCUUUGCCAAGAGAGCAUACAGAGAGCUGAUGCUGUUGAAGCACAUGCAACAUGAGAACGUCAUUGGGCUGCUUGAUGUCUUUACCUCCACUGCUUCCUACCAGGGGUUCCAGGACUUCUACCUGGUGAUGCCAUACAUGCGGACAGAUUUACAAAAGAUCAUGGGACAUGAAUUCAGUGACGAAAAGAUCCAGUACCUGGUCUACCAAAUGUUGAAAGGGCUGAAGUAUAUUCAUUCAGCCGGCAUCAUACACAGGGACCUGAAGCCAAGUAACCUGGCUGUGAAUGAAGACUGUCAGCUAAAGAUUUUGGAUUUUGGCUUGGCCAGACAUGCUGAUGCUGAAAUGACUGGCUAUGUGGUUACACGAUGGUACAGAGCCCCAGAAGUCAUCCUGAACUGGAUGCAUUACAACCAGACAGUGGAUAUCUGGUCUAUUGGCUGUAUCAUGGCAGAAAUGCUGACUGGGAAAACGCUGUUUAAAGGCAAAGACUACCUGGAUCAACUGACUCAGAUCCUGAAAGUAACGGGGCAUCCAGGAGAAGACUUCUUGGAGAAGUUGGAGGAUAAAGCGGCUAAGAGUUAUAUCAAGUCCCUUCCUAAAAUCCCCAAGAAAGAUUUGUCUGUGCUUUUCCCUAAAGCAAAUCCUCAGGCUGUGGACCUGCUUGACAAGAUGUUGCAGCUUGAUGUGGAAAAGCGCCUUACAGCCACAGAGGCAUUGGCUCACCCCUUUUUCGACCAGUUCCGAGAUGUUGAGGAGGAGACAGAAGCACAACAGUCCUAUGAUGAUUCUCUGGAACAUGAAAAGCUUUCAAUAGAUGAGUGGAAAAAGCUUAUUUACAAGGAGAUCUUGUCCUUCAGUCCCAUUGCACGGAAGGAUUCCAAGAAGCAAAGUGGGAUGUCAUUAUAGUGACUGAUGCAGCUGUGGCUGGGAUUCACUUCUCCUCGACGACAGAUGGGAUUUAUUCCACGCUGCCUUGCUGGUGGCUAUCGUUUGGCCUGUGGGACUUCUCUGUGUGCCAACACAAGGAUGGCACUAUGCUGUGGAUAUUGAACUUUGUUCUACCAAAAGGGAAGCACUCCAGACAGUUUUCAACAUAAAAGAUAAAUAUAUUCUUGUUGAAACUU